AUGCUCUUUCUGUAUGUUGUUUUCAGCCUAUCGGCUAUGAUCAUGGCCGAAAAACUCACUCCUAUCCUUCCUGGUGACGCGUACAGUGUAGUCGGCGACAUCGAGAAACGCCAACUUGGCCGGUGCACUUAUCUGUAUGCUUGGUUAGCUAUUCCACAAGGCUCCCAUCAGGAUAUUUAUGCUCAUUACUCCGCUUGCAGCCGUCUGGAAUUACGUUUCAUUGAGGCUGCCAGGGAAACAAGGAGUCCCCAAUCAGAUUUUAAGGUGAAUGUUGUGGAGGAAUUAAACCGCGUAAAUAAGGACUACACUGCACAAUUGAUUGAUCUCGAAACCCUCGAUGCUCUCCUUCAAACAGUUAAAGUAUCUAACGGGAUUCAGACUUCUCCUUCUCUAACUACUAAAGAUAGAAUCUUUUACCUUGCUGAUCGAUUGGGCCAGUACACCAUGCUGGCUAUGCUGCGACCUGGACGCCUUCCAAAGAUUGAAAUUGUCCCUCCUCCCUCCGAAAAAACCUACAUUCUUCCACAAAGUGUUCUUUGCUAUCGAAAAACUUGUGAAUCUGUGGUCAAAUCAGUCACAUCAACUGCACCAUUAUCCUCAUCAGACGCAACAAACUCAACUAUGGAAUACAGAGUUCUGCUUGCUGAAGCAAAGCAAGAAAACAGGCGUCUUUACAUCCAGCUAAUCAUAUAUAGAGUGGUUUUUGCAUUAUCUGCAUUUCUAUGCGUCCUUCUUGCUAUUAUGACUCUUGUACUUUGCUUUCGAAACCAGAAGUCUGGCUCCAAGUCUCCCAAAAAACUACCGAGAAUGGAGGCAUCGUAUCAUAGCGCACCCCCGUACAAUUCGUUAAAUAGUGCUUCCAAGAUGACUUCACCCGUGAUUUAUUCUGAUUCAGUUACAUACCCAAACAAUACUGCUCUAGUUCUCGGUGAUUCUGGCAGUUUACAAAAUACUGCAAUUUCCAGUAACAUGAGUGGUUGUGAGUUGCUAACGGCCAACGGACUCAAUGGCACGCCUUGUACUCAUUUCUCCUAUCAACCUCUCUACACGGCUGAUGGUUCAGGCGGGAUAAAACCCAUUCCUCAAAAUCGACUAUACGGUUCUGGUGCACAAAGUUUCUUUCCACUUAUGACAGCAUUUGAUCGGUCAGCAAGUCCAGCAUCUGAAGGCUAUCGUACAGGCUCGCUAGACCGUCGCAGUGAUGUGGCGUCUGAAAAACUUCGUCGAAGAACUCCAAUACAGUUGAUUGCACUACCGCAAGGAGCUGAGGCUCCACCGACCACAAACUACAUUGCUCUCACGCAACCCAUCUCCCAGUACCCACAACCAACUUUCAAGGCUCCACAGUCGAUAGAAAACGUUCAGACAAUGACAUCGCAAGGCAGUGGCGGUACAGUGAUUCGAAAACUUCCAAGCGACAUGAACUUUCGCGCUUCCAUAAAUGCAGAAUCUGCAAGUAGUGGCGUUGCUAUGAGUUGA